CUGAAGUAAAGCUACCUGAAAUUUUCUUGGAUACAUCAUGACCAGACUAUUGUCCUGCUGGCGACAACUGGUUCCACUGAGGCGUAGUUUCAGUUGUUCCGCUUCUUGUCAGGUGAUGACCAACCCUGAGGAUAUUGCCAAACUCUACAGACAGCUCAGCCUCUUCCCCUCACUGACCAGGGCAGACGUGGGACCUGUUAUUACCUCCCAAUAUGGAGGCAAAUACAGCAACAUAUACACAGAAUGGAGCCAGCGUGACCUGCAGAGGAGUGAGAGUGUCAAGUUUUGCAAGCAGUACAUUGUGUUCCAUGAUGACAAAUCAGUGGUCUUCUCAGCGCCAUCAGGGAAUUGCACCGAGGUCCAAGGAGUGUUGUUAAGUCAAGAUGCUCCUUCGGGACAAAUGAAGGCUGUAGUCCGAGAGUGCACCGUCAGUGGGGACGUCAAACAGUUUAUGGAGAUUUGGAUUAAAAACAUCAAGGUGAAAAGCAUCAAUAUAACAGCUUUAAAGAUGCAUGGGAAAGUUUAUGAAGAUCAGCACUUUGGUUGCUUGGCAUGGUCCCACUCUGAAACCCACCUGCUGUACGUGGCUGAGAAAAAGAGACCCGGGGCAGAGUCUUUUUUCCAGACAGAUACCUCACCGUCGUCCUUCAUUGCAGAUGAAGAAGAAGCUAAUGGACCACAGAAAGGGGACCAGUUUGUCUUCUAUGAAGACUGGGGCGAGUCUCUGGAUGGAAAGUGCAGCCCAGUGAUUUGUGUCCUGGAAGUUGAAGGUGAAAGUGUUUCCGUGCUAGAGGGAGUGCCUAAGAACAUCUCACCAGGGCAGGCGUUUUGGGCCCCAGGUGACACAGGUGUGGUGUUUGUUGGAUGGUGGCAUGAGUCAUUCAGACUUGGUCUGGAGUACUGUCCUACAAGGAGGUCUUCAUUGUUCUAUGUGGCCCUCACUGAUGCUUCAUGUGAGCAAUUGUCAUCUGCAACGGGUACAGUGGCUACUCCCCGACUGAGCCCGGACAAGCGUCGGAUUGUUUACCUGAAAAAUGUAGUUGAUGGGCCGUCAACGCGUUGGAUCCAACUGUGUGUGUAUGAUUGGUAUACUAAGAAGACGUCUGUGGUGGUAGAUGUAGUCAAGAGACCACGAGAGGAUGGCUUCACUGGCAUCUACAGCGUUCAAUUGUCAUCUAAGUGUUGGUCAGCUGAUAGUCAGCGGAUUAUUGUUGCCUGUCUUCAGCGGAGCCGGAAGAAUCUGUUGAUGGUGAAUACAGACACAGGGAGUGUCACCUCCUUAACUUCAAGUUUGGACUCGGGUGCUUGGUAUGUGCUCACCGUAGAGCGAGAUCUGAUAGUGGCAAGCUGGUCCUCUCCAAACUGCCCUCCAUGUCUGAGGGUGGGCUUCCUUCCAGCCAGGAAUUCUCCAGACAAAGUGGUCUGGGUUUCUAUGGAAGAAGCUCAGCUGCUGUCAGAAAUUGAUUGGCAGAUUUUGACAUUCACCCAUCCUUCAGAGCAAGACAAUAGUGACUAUCCUGGCCUUGACUUUGAAGCACUGCUGGUUAAACCAAAAGAGGUGAAGGACGGAGUGAAGAUGCCUCUUGUCGUGUAUCCUCAUGGUGGUCCUCACCUAGUGACCGAAGCUGGCUGGAUUCUGCCCCACGCCGUGCUGUCUAUGAUGGGUUUUGCUUUAUUACUGGUGAACUAUAGAGGCUCUCUUGGAUUUGGCCAGGAUAGUAUCCUUUCACUGCAAGGCAAUUACGGAACCCAGGAGAUCCUGGACAUUCAAUUUGCAGUUGAAAGUGUUCUCCAAGGUGGUGAGUUUGACAGGCAGAAGAUGGCAAUUAUUGGGCGCUCCUAUGGUGGUUUCUUGGCCUGUCAACUCAUUGGCCAGCACCCAGAUUUGUACAAGGCUUGUGUGGCUGUCAACCCUGUCAUCAAUUUGGCGUCUAUGGUUGGCAGCACAGACAUCCCAGACUGGUGCAUGUACUUAGCAGGCUAUGACUAUAGUACAGAUAGUCUACUUGAACCUGCUGUUUGGGAACAAAUGCUGAACAUGUCUCCAAUCAAACUUAGCCAACACGUGCAGACACCUGUCUUACUUCUAGUAGGGGAAAAUGACAAACGUGUGCCCCCCAAACAAAGCAUUGAGUAUUACAGAGCUUUGAAAGCAAAGCAAGUCCCAGUGCGUUUACUGAUGUACACAGGAAACAACCACUCCUUGUCCAGUGUGGAUGCUGAGUCCGAUGGCUUCAUGAACACCGCUCUGUGGAUUACGAAAUACUUAAGUCACACUGAGUAG